GGCGAUGAGUCGAGUCAGCAGGGAGAAGCGCACUUCUGCUCCAACUCCUCGCAGUGUUGGCGCAUCUGCGGAGGAGAUUUUAAAGUGGGUGCCGACCCUCUCGGUCACGCACCCAUACCCGAAGGCAGCACAAACCUCUGGAUUGUGAAGCCAUGGAACCUCGGUCGUGGACUGGGUAUCUUCAUUACGGACAACCUUUCACAGAUCCUUCGGCUUGUAGACUCUGUACCGCAGAUCGCCAGUCGCUACCUGACGGACCCUGUCCUCUAUUACCGUGAGGAUAUCAAGCAUUGGGUUAAAUUUGACGUUCGCUACGUCGUCCUUCUGCGCUCGGUGCAACCCCUGGAACUCUUUGCGCACAAGGUCUUUUGGUUGCGCUUCGCCAACAAACCCUUCUCCCUGGAGGACUAUGAUGACUAUCCUAAACACUUUACUGUGAUGAACUACCGGGAAGAAGAUGAGUUGAAGCAGGUGAGUUUCUGUACUCCCACUUUCGAAUUCAAAAUGCUGGCCUUGAAUUGGGACGACGCAUAA